AUGGCCGCCGGAAGGGAACCCUUCAACAUGUCGCCGCGGCCAACAACAUCCCCAGCAGAGCGCUCCCCCUGGCAUUCCCCUGUUCCUUACUUGUUCGGCGGGUUGGCCGCCAUGCUCGGGCUGAUCGCUUUCGCCCUCUUGAUCCUCGCCUGCUCCUACUGGAAGCUCUCCGGCUACUUGGAAAACGACGGCGAGAGAGAUCUGGAGGCAGGGGAAGGAGGCGAAGGUGGAGAGAAGAAGGCCAAGGAGUUCGACGAGAAGUUCUUGGUUAUCAUGGCCGGACAGGUGAAACCCACUUACCUCGCCACUCAAGUCUCCAGCCGAUCGUUGUCUUUCGGCGACGGCGAGAAGCCUUGUCUUUGCGGCGAGAAAGACGGGAAAUUGGAAGGUGGGAAACAGGGGAGUGAUGAAGAACAGAGUAGAGAUAACAGGGGAAUUUCGCGAGAAGGCAGCGUCGUCGGCUGCAGCUACAUCCGCAGCGACAGCGGCGGAGGAGGAGGAAACGGUGGCGCCGCAUUGAUUCUGUUGUCUAACUUUCAGAUCCUCUUCUUCCUCUGUGCUGGGUGUGUUGAGGAAGGAAGAAAAUUUUGGGGCUAA